AUGCCGAAUUGUCCUGUAUGUGAUAAGCAUGCCGGUAAGAAUGCUGGUGAUGAUCCUGGUAUGGGUGAUGGCUGUUGGUUACUCAUGUCUGCUUAUAUUCUUGCCGGUUUAGCUAUGAUGCUUAAUAUUCGACUUUCAUAUAGUUCUGCUCCAUAUGCACUUAUUAGAUUCAAGUUACCUGAGAAUCUAUUUAGUGUCUUUGUCAGAAGAAUGGCCAGUUCUCUGGAACUUUGGUGUCUACCAGGUUUCAUACUUACUGACGCAAUAGACCUAUGUCUUAAAGGAUACUGGCACUAUUAUGACUACAAUCAACACUAUAAUCUCAAAAGCGACGGCGGCCCCGACUACGGCAAUCCCAAACACGCUGGUAAUCUACACAUAUCCAGCGGCAGCGACCUCAAACCUGCCAGAGAACAUAAGUUCCACUGGAUCAUAAUUCCUUCCAUUAUUGCUCAGUGGUUAAACUUUGCCACAUAUGUCAUUUUAUUGAUUGUAUAUCGUGGUGGUGGUGAGGAAGGUUAUUUAACUCGUUUCUAUUGGAUUAUCGCAAUAUCCGGUUUUGUUUUUGGUAUCAGUAAUCCAAUGGUUUAUGCUGUGGACUUUAAUUAUAUUCCUAUCUAUAUUGCUGGUGAAAACUGUUUUCCAGCACUAACCUCAUUCAUACAUUAUUUGGCAACUUUGGCUUUUGGUAAUAGAAGGAAAUGGAACUCUGACUACCUACUUGUCUACAUUGAUAUUUGGGUUGCCAUCAUAAUAUCCUUUGUAGCAGCUGCUGUCUGGACAGUAGGAUACGGAAUCUUCAAAGAUACUACAAAAGCUGGUGGUGGUACUGCUCCCUAUGGUCACAUAUUUACAUUUGGUUUUGGUAGUACUAAUGCCCAGCCAUCUUUGGCCGCUCCAUUACUGAUUGUCCUAGUUGGUAUGGGUCUAGUUUAUGCUAUUUAUCCUGGUAUUGCACCUGGUAUGAUUGUACCAUUCUAUCUCAUUGAUAAAAUCGAGAUGGUACUCCUCAUUGCUACCAUAUUUCCACCAUUGAUUGUUGCUGUACUAAGGAAAACUAGUACUGCAUUUGGUGAUCCUCGGUCACCAGCAUGUGGAUGGGAUGGUGAUAACUUUGGUCAAGGCACUGGUGCAUUCUGGCAAGUCUUUGAUCUCGUGGUUCCUCUUAUGAUCAUUCUAGCCUAUAUAUUCAUUUAUUCUAUUCACUAUAGAGAUUCCAAUUUAUCUCGUUCCAUUGUUAAUCAACCUAAGAUGUCCACCGCACUCACUAUCAUAUUUUAUAUGUGUCAUGAGAUCUCACUAGCUGUAGGAUUUGCUGGUAUGAUAGGUAAUGGAGCUGAAUAUACAGUGAUAGCUCAGCUAGUAGGCGCAUUCUUGAUGGUCUUCCUUGCUCUUUAUUCAGAGGGUUACAUUAUAAAAUAUAAGAGCCACGACCACGCACACUGGCCCACAACGGGCAUGACUGUGUGGAACGCAUUGUGUUACUGGUGUGAAAGGUCAAGUAAAAUAACAAAUAAAUUUUUUAAACAAUUAAGAUUCGCAGUAUUUUUCAAUAAAUUAUUCAAUAGAUGUUGA